AUGGAGAUGUUCUUUUACUUGGUGUUUGGGGGGUUGGGGGCACUCGUGCCAGCAUUGGAGCUCAGCAAGAACAACAAGGAUCGGAUCACCACCUCUGCCGCUUUCACUUCCUUCAAGAACAAUUACCUUGUCGUUUACUGUCUAAUGAUGGCUGGAGACUGGUUGCAGGGUCCUUAUGUCUAUUAUCUGUACAGUACGUAUGGCUAUGGAAAAGGGGAGAUUGGACAGCUUUUUAUAGCUGGUUUUGGGUCUUCCAUGUUGUUUGGGACUAUUGUUGGUUCUCUUGCUGACGAACAGGGCCGAAAGAGGGCUUGUGUGACAUACUGCAUUACUUAUAUACUGAGUUGCAUCACGAAGCAUUCUCCUCAGUAUAAAAUUUUGAUGAUAGGCCGUGUUUUGGGAGGUAUCGCAACUUCUCUCCUGUUUUCAGCAUUUGAGUCCUGGCUUGUUGCAGAACACAAUAAGAGGGGCUUUGACCAACAAUGGUUAUCAUUAACUUUCUCCAAAGCAAUAUUUCUUGGCAAUGGUCUUAUUGCUAUCGUGGCUGGAUUGCUAGGAAAUUUGCUUGUCGACACUGUUGCUCUUGGUCCUGUGGCCCCCUUUGAUGCUGCUGCAUGCUUCCUUGCAAUUGGUAUGGCUAUUAUCUUAUCAUCAUGGACAGAGAACUAUGGUGACUCUUCAGAGAGCAAGGACUUGCUUACACAGUUCAAGGGUGCUGCAGUGGCAAUUGCUUCUGAUGAAAAAAUUGCAUUGCUGGGUGCAAUCCAGUCUCUGUUUGAAGGCUCAAUGUAUACCUUUGUAUUCCUCUGGACGCCUGCUUUGAGCCCAAAUGAUGAGGAAAUUCCCCAUGGUUUUAUUUUUGCAACAUUCAUGUUGGCUUCUAUGUUGGGUAGCUCUCUUGCAUCUCGUUUGAUGGCCCGUCCGUCCUCUAGAGUGGAGAGCUAUAUGCAGAUUGUUUUUGUGGUCUCUUCGGUGUCGCUUCUUCUUCCUAUUGUAACUAAUUUCUUGGUGGCACCUUCUAACGUGAAAGGUGGAAGCAUUUCCUUUUCCGGUUGUAUCCAGCUUCUUGGAUUUUGUACUUUUGAAGGUUGUGUAGGAAUAUUCUGGCCAUCCAUUAUGAAGAUGAGGUCCCAGUAUAUUCCUGAGGAGGCCAGAAGCACCAUCAUGAACUUUUUCCGCAUCCCUUUGAAUAUAUUUGUGUGCAUUGUGCUUUACAAUGUUGAUGCAUUCCCUAUUACCGUCAUGUUCGGUAUGUGCUCGAUUUUCCUCUUUGUGGCAUCUAUCUUGCAGAGGCGGCUCUUGGCCAUUGCAGAUAAGCCAAAGACACAAGAAUGGACAGCAAUGAAGGAGCAUGAUACUGAAGCAGAGCCCUUAAACAUAUAAUUGAAGUUGAGCAGGCAGUCCUCCAGGAAAUUUUGGCAGGUUGAUAUUGAAGCAUACAAGAUAACAGAAGACGACAAAUUGCACUCCAUAGAGCAGGUUGAAAAACAAAAAGGUGGCAAAUUAAGCUAUUGAAACUGUCUUCAGUUAUUCUUAUAUUGACACAAUCCAUGAAUUACUUUAUAUAUAUUUUUCUUUCGUGUUAUCAUUUCAUUGUAGGAAAGCUUAAGCAAGCAUUCAUCUGUUUCCGUAAUUCUGAUGUUAAUUCUUUUGGAAUAUGGGUUUAUACUAGCAUCCAUGAAGAGUACAAUGUUUUGUGGACAUUUUAUUUUAUUUUAUUUUUAAUUUUAAUUAUCUAUUAA